AGGACACAGCAGUUCUUGCAGAGAUGAUUGAGGAUGGUUCUCCAGUAUAUCAAUAUGUGGUUGGUUUGACAAGGUUGCUGGAGUACAUGUCCGUGAUGCUUAUUCACGAUAACGUCUAUGUAUUAUAUGAGCUUUCCAGGUUACUCAUGGAUACUGAUUUCCCAGAUGAUUCUUCAGUUUUAAUCAACAUUGUGCUGCGAAGUGUUGGACGGAUUGUAUCAGAUAUGAAUACAAGAAGAAUCUCAUUAGAAGAAAAGUUUGCUAGUAUCUAUCUGCAAAUUGUACGGAGAAUGCUCGAAAAUCAGCACACGAGGCGCGAAGUGCUCAUUAGUGAGCAAGAUGAACAAGAGCAGGAACUUAGAGACUGCGUCCACACUGAGCAACGGCUCUUGGUAUUGCACGUACUCGGAUUGGUCCUUAAAUGCAUAGACAGUGGUGUUGAGGUUUUUGAGGCUUUGCAGGGAUUUGAGACGUUGGCCUACACAAUUCUUUUGGAUAAGCGUUCGUGUCGCCAUGCAAACCGGAUGCCAGAGAAUCCUGCAUCAUAUGCUGGCGCGUUAAUUGAGUCAUCACUUUGUCAGGAUUGUUAUCGCUCAGAUAUUGUCGCAUCGGAUCUUGCUCUCUGGUUGUUUAGAGAUUUAGCUCUUCAAGAUGCAGAUAAUGGCUCAGUAAUUUCAUGGAUCAUUGUUAUGCUUAAGGCAACCUUAUCAGGGAUCGAGGAACUUAGACGGCAGAAUGAGAUGGCUAAUAGGCAAAGCAAAUGCAACCAAAACUACCUGCAUGUUCAACCUGAACAGCAACAAGAUCAGGCACAUGCAUUAUUGAUAUAUCUUUAUGCUAAGAUUUGCGGGACGGUAUCCCUUAUUUUUCGGAAAAGCAGUAGUUCGAAAAUUGCUUUUGGGGAAGCUUAUGGCAUGCAGGUUCUGCUAAGUAUUCUGAGUAAUACACAACAUCCUGACAUUGCAACAGCGGCCCUCAUAGCCAUUGGCGACUUUUUUGCAGGAUAUGAAGGCACUAGAGCUCUUCUUGGUGAUAGUUUUGCUUAUGAUGGUUUCCUCGAAAUUGUCCUAGACUCAUGUAGACCCCUUGACAAGAUGUCAUGCGAAAUUGUUUUAGAGGUCGCAACAGUUGGAAACGUCAUGUCAACCAAAUCUCGGCCACACGUUGAAUCUGACAGCUCGAUAUACUGCACUGAAGUAUGGCCAUUCAUUGCCAGUCUUUUAGAUCCUCAUCUUCUGUUUCACUCAGCACUGCCAUUUACAAGUCCCAGAAAGAUCGGAGAGCGCAACCCAUUUCGAGAACCAGAGAGGCCGUCAUCAAGUUCUAGGACUGAUCUACAUGUCGGAAUCGCUGCAUAUCAAACGAAUGGCCGAGGCACACCAUCUCGUCCGAGCAGUGUCUAUUUGGACGAGAGCCUAGAUGUCUCGAAUGUCGGGUUCACUUGUCAAUAUCCUCAAAAUCAAUCUAAUAGUGGAACAUUACCUGGUUUCGCCACUUCAGGAAACGCUAGCGCGCCGUCCAGCAACAAUAAUAACAGAUACAGUAUCUUUGGCAUUUCGCCUUGGUCAAAUUCUGGUACGCCAUCCAUCUCUGUGUCUGCAGCCCAAGAGUACAAUGUAAACUUGUAUCCCACUCUUGAAGCCACGGAACCUAAUAGUGAACCUGCUGGUACAGGUUCAUCAAGAGGUAGUAGCAUGCACCUUCAGCGAAGUGGACGCUCUACUCCUCUACCACUAAUUUCGGAUGGUCAUUUGGCUGAUGAUAAUACGACAGAGCCAAUAGUAUCAAUUACAUCAAGUCGAACGAUACAGCCAACGAAGGAUAAAACAGGCCCCGUUAAUAGGAAACGCAGUAAUUCCCGUAACCUUGGAGGCUUCGGCCUAAACACUACUAACCUUGGUCUGCGCUCCGUCAUUCCCUCAGAAAGAAUGGCCUUCAAGCAGCUUGCUGGCAUAGUGUUCCGUGAUGCAGAUGCUGCGAGAAUGACACUACGCCUCCUCGGCCGUAUCAUUGAAUGCAACAAUCCGAAAUUGGCAAUAGAUUAUUUUAAUUUGUUAAUGUUGUUGAUGGAGGUUACUCCGCGGAACAAGGAGCUCUUGAGUCAAAACAACGGCUUACGCUUUAUGCUGGAGAUUCUUUUCAGAAGAGGUCGACAACAGGAAGGAGUUGGGAUGGGCACUUCUGGAUUCCCAUUUUUGCCGCGUGCUACUGACCCACCUUAUGUGGACCUUGUGCCGGCUAUGGGCGCAUAUGAUAUAUCAGCGGAAGACGUGAAGCUUUUAUUUGAUGCCGUGUAUGAUCCCUUAGACAUGUUCUUCCGAUUAACUGCUGAAGCCAAGCCGACCGCGUCGGGGCUUGCAAGCACGAUCAAAGAUUCGCUAGGCCCACUUCCUGAAUUACCCAGUAACUUUGAUAAAGAGCCAAGCAUUAGACGAAACUCUGCAGGACGACCGCGCUCCGAGUCUGCAAGCGCUGCCACGCUGUAUUCUACCAGGAGAGCAGGGGUAAGGUGCUUAAGCGCCAAUCAAAGGUCUUUCAAUGGCCUCCAAUUCAAUCCUCUAUUUAUUGGUGAAAUGGAGCAGCAGAUGAUGUAUGCUAUCGAGAAAAUAUCAGAACGUGUUGAUCCUCCUUGUUAUUUUAACUUUAAUGGACUUAACGCAAGUUUGACUACGCACCCAGGAGUUGUGGAAAGGGCCGUCGCUGCUAAAGGAGGAUAUACAGUUAGUGUAUGGAUCAAAGUGACAGCAUUUCUGGAAAAAGAGACGGGAUUGUUUUGCUACGAGGAAGAGGAUGGGAACAGGACUAUCUUUGAGCUAUAUUUCAAGUCUUUGGACCAGUCAAAUCGAUACUGUCUCUGUGUUCGGACUCAACACUACCCUUCGCCUCCUGAAGAUUUUGUUUUUGAUCGGUUUGAUUUUGCAGAGACUGGUAUAUGGCACCACAUUGUGUUUGUACAUCAUAAAACAAUGAAGCUGAUGGUUGAUGGCUGUGUUAUCCAGUCUUAUGGGACGUUCAACCAGCGUCGGCAAGAAAAAGAAGGUGGGAUGGUUGGAGUACUUGGCAGAAAGGGACGCAACAGUAUGUCGAGUCUGCCGCAUAGUUCCCUAGCGUUCAAUGAUGGAGUUGGCUCAAUUAAUUCUUCGCUUUCACUUGCUCCUCAAGAUGUUCACCAGCAAUUCUCAGCUUCAACUCUCUCUGUAUCAUCAUCGAAUCAGCAGUCAUCACAUUCGCAAGGAGUACACGAGCUAUCUUUGGGCCAUUUCUGUGGCCAAGCUGGGAGGGUUCAUUUCUUACAAGGGGAGUGGGAUCAAGCAACAGCCGAAAAAGUAUAUAACCUCGGGCCUGCUUCCACUGAAUCUUGGAGAGCACUCGAUAUCAAAAGUCCUGUCAUUGCAAUCCUCGAUCCCGAAGAUUUCAAGCGUGAUAUGGAAAAGUUCAUUGCUGAAGAGUUGAGCAGUACGAAGUUCAAGGAUCAACCAAACAUAGUAGACUGGGGCAUUCAACUUUGCUUCCGCUUCUUGGAGAUGACUCCAUCGCAUCUACAACUUGUCGGGCUUCGAGUGAUCUCUAAUCUUCUGUACAAGUCACCAGAGAACAUUGCACAGUUCCAGAACGAGUUGAAUGGAUACGAGAUCAUGUAUGAACUACUUCUCAACACAGCGUCCGAGUUAUCUAUUGACCAUUUUGGAGUGCUCUUUGAUAUUGCGAUAAACGGGAUGAUCAAAGACGAGCAUCUUAUCCUGUCGAACAUGGCUUGUGUUCAGCUGAUCUUGCGCCUACUACCAAGCACAAUGGAUUCAGUCCAAAGCUACAUUCUUCGCACACUGGUGGAUUUAAUUGUGGAGUCGUCUGAAAAUAUGCGGCUCUGGAAGUCGUCAUUCGGAAUGACAACGCUCUUCGAGCUUUUCAGGACUUUACCUGCUCAUUUACGGCCAUUUUUGAUGUGGACACUCGAAUCGAUGAUGGAUGGCAUGACUGUUCAGGAACUAGGCUUGUUGAUUGGCUUUAUCGGUCACGAGGAGCCUGAUCUGUUUGAAGUUCGCCGAGACAUAAUUGAAAUGUUAUAUAAGCGAAUGACAACUGAUCAUGGAUUGGUGGAUUUGCUUGGAUCCGGAUUAGAGGGGGUUACAGUAUUGAUUGGUCUACUAGACUCAUCCAAUGAACAUUUUAGGAUACUGAUCCUGAAGAUGAUUGGCAUCUUACUGAGCGACAAUACAAAAUCAGGUAAAGCCGCACUGGACAAGCCGAAUAUUGGUAUUGGUCUCAUACGCUCCACUUUAGAAAAAUACCCACUCUCUAUGGACGUGAUCCAAGUUUUGCUUGGGCUUGCUCAGAAUAGCUAUCGAUGCGAUCCUAACUUUAGAUCCACAGAGAAGAGCAUUGUCCCAUCAUCCAAAAAGUCUGAGGAGAAAGCCUCAAUUUAUCGACAUUCCUCAACUGUGGUUCCUUCGGUUACAUCAUCCCCUAUCAAAGAAUCGGCUCAUCUCACCAUAACGCCUGAGCUAAAUAGCAAUAAUCUGAUGAAUGGUAUUCAGGACCUUAACACUCAAGGGUCCUCACAGCAAUCCUUUGAAGAUCCUGCUUUGGCAAGAUCAGAGAGUCAUGAAGUUACUCUUCACGGGUCUCUUGUCCCAAGGAAACAUGUCUAUUCAAACAAUGCAAAUGCUCCAUUUGUUAAGAUGAGUGCUCUACCAACAGAGCCUCUCAUUAUCAGUAGCGCUGUCAACACAAACUCUUCUGAAGUUAUGAGCAUCUCUCAACUUGGCAGAGGAGGCGCAAAAAUCACGGAUGAACUCACCUAUGCCAGUAUGAUCCGGUUAAUCUUGGAGCUUACGGGUUCAUUGCCUCACACAGACAUGGUGACCCACACUCUAACAGAUCUGAAGAGACUUAUGACUUUAGAAAACAUGAGAAUACUUUGGGAAGCCGGGUGGGUGAGUUGGGUAGGCGCUUUUAUGCAUGAUAAGGCCAAAGUGCGUGUGACUUCAGCAGCUGAGAACCUUAGCUUUAACCGAACGAUGGGCGUGCUCGAUGGAAUGAUGCAAAAAAUGAUGAUAUUUGACCUCUCACGGAAGGGUUCGGUGACGGUACGGAACAAAGGAACACUUGUCAGUCGUGACGAAGAUGUUGCUGUUCAACUUCGCUUGACAGAGGCUGCGCUUGCCUGGUUUGACAAGAAUCCAAAUCUAGAUACGGAGGCUGCAAACAUAAUUUGUAAAGGGUUGGUAUUCCUUUUUCGGAGACUUGAAGAGCUCUCUAUGAAAUUCGAAGAGAAACAGCGCCAGGUGGAGAAAGAACACCAGGCAGAGAAGGCCCGACAGAAUGCUCUUGAGAAAGAGCGGGAGCGUUUCGCCCUGGAGGCCGUGACUUCAGCAUUGAAUGGAGUCUUGGAUAGUUUGGAUGAUUCUAGUCAGAGUGACGAAUCCGAUUCAAAAUCGAUACUUUUGAAAGCAGAUAAAGGCGAUACGGAUGCGGAGGAGCUCGCAGUCGAGUGUAGCGAGGAUCUUUCAGCCUCCUCAAGUAGUGACACGGUUAAGACCCCUGGAAAUAGACAAGGCCUCUCAUUGUCUGGCUCAAUUUCUCCAACUAGCUCUACAUCUUCGACCUUCUCACUGCCGCUCUCCACUCUUUCAGCAAAUGCCGCUCAAUCAAGCAUGGGCCAGCAGUUCAUGUCAGACCCUACAUGCUACAACAACUCCGCAAUCCGUGCUGCCAUGAAAUCCAGUGGUCUGUUCAAGAUUCGAGACAGUCUCAUUGAGAAGUUAAAAUCAUUCCUUUUGACUUAA